AGAAAGGGGUCUGUAUCCGUUUCCCCUACUGAAAAAUGUGGCACCACUGGCAAGUGGGGACGGGAAUGAUAAGGCGCAGGGGUUAACGCCCCUAAUCAAUAAAAUAGUCGGCCUCUGAUGCAUGUAUGCUGGCAGAGCAGAGCGAAUGGUCGCAUUUUGCAGUAUCAAAACCGACGAACGACUUUAUUGCGGCAGGUGUUUUCAGUGCAUUACAUAGGCAGACGACGCCGCAGCUGAUAGCUCAGAAUAAUUUUCUUUCUGAGCCGUGAUUAUUUCAUAUCAUCAAGCUGACGUCGCCGUUUCCGCACGUCUCCGAAAUGCUCGACUACGAGGACGAGUAUUUCCUGGAGGAGGACAAAAUUGCUGAAUGUAACCAGCUUCAGGAGUCAACAGCAGAGGUCAAGCCCUUGCUUGAACUUGGUGUUGACAUUGAUAAGGAGUUAAAGGUUUUAAGCACAGAAAAUGCACCUUUAGCAGAAAAGGCUGCGGAUGAGAUUGAGAUUUUAGUGUCUUGUUCACCUGACGAAAAUCGCAUAUUUUGUUACGAAAAUCCAAUGGGCAUGACGGUGAGCGCUGCAAGCGUGACCCUGUCGAAGGAUGCAAACAACCUGAUUGGGAUCAGCAUCGGAGGCGGCGCGCCGCUGUGUCCGUGCCUGUAUGUGGUGCAGGUGUUCGACAACACGCCUGCUGCAAAAGAGGGCAGUCUGCAGAGUGGCGACGAGCUGCUGGCCGUCGAAGGCCAGUCGGUCAAAGGGAAAACAAAAGGGGAAGCGGCCAAGAUGAUCCAGGCUGCCGAGGGCAAGGUCACGAUCCACUUUAACCGUCUGCAUGCUGACCCCAAGCAAGGAAAAGGACUCGACCUGGCCAUGAAGAAGGCCAAACACAGAUUGGUGGAGAACAUGAGCACCGCCACCGCUGACGCCCUUGGCCUUUCCAGGGCCAUUCUGUGCAAUGACAGUUUGGUGAAGAAGUUGCAGGAGCUGGAGGGCACUGAAGGUACCUACAGGGGUUUGGUGGAGCAUUCGCAGAGGGUCCUCAGAGCCAAUUUUGAGCUCCUCCAAGUAUAUAAAGCUUUUGGAGAUACUUUUGCAGCAAUCGGUGUGCGAGAGCCCCAACCUAGAGCGUCUGAAGCGUUCCGAACUUUUGGUGACCAGCAUAGGCAAAUCGAAAAGGAAGGAAUUAAAAUGCUCCAAACUGUCAAACCGAUUCUUUCGGAUUUGGGCACGUACCUAUUUAAGGCUAUUCCUGACACAAAGUUGACGAUAAAAAAGUAUGCCGACGCGAAGUUUGAAUAUCUGUCGUAUUGUCUUAAAGUUAAAGAAAUGGACGACGAGGAGCAUAGCUACGCCAGCCUGCAAGAACCUCUGUAUCGCCUGGAGACUGGAAAUUAUGAGUAUCGUCUUGUUCUUCGGUGUCGACAAGAGGCGAGAACAAAGUUUGCUAAAUUGAGAGCCGACGUCCUUGUCAAGCUGGAGCUGCUCGACAAUAAACAUGUGCAAGAUGUAACUUUACAAUUGAAGCGCCUUUUGACUGGUCUUGCUGCAUUCCACAAAGCAUCUUACGAUUUGCUGAACGAGGGGCAACUCUUCCCUGUAGAGGUUGAUCUCUCAAGAUCUGCGUUUAGCUAUCCAUCUUCAGAUCAGAUUCAAGCUGAUGAAGAUGAUGACACUGAAAUUCUUCCUGACACUGAAUGCGAGAGAACUGAACCUGAACUGAAAGAUGAUGACAGUCAUCUUAUAGACAUUGACUUAUUUUCUGGCAUGAGCCUAUCAAGUAGUGACCCACCGAAGGAACAAGCACCAUCAGAUUUAGACGAUCUCUUUGGAGCUGAUGAUAGCAAAACUAAUGAAAAUGUUGGUGAUCUCUUGGGACUUUGAAGUUAGAGAAGAGUUAGUCUCUUACCAUACCAGUUUUGUGUUGGUGUUGGUACAUUUUAUUUAAUUUAUCAUUGCUUAUUUUUUCUAAUUACUUGGAAUUGCAUACUGAAUUUUGUUAUUAAUUUGCGAGAAUUUAUUGUGAUUUUGCCCCAGAAAUAAAACCAUGUAAAUUAUUUAAAAUAAAAAUAAAUUUAAUAUUAAAUUGAUA